CUCUAUGCCAACACUGAGACGGAAAACAUUACUCAUAUCCACGGCUAAUAGAUCCGAAGUAAAAAGAGCUCCUUGUGCAGUGCAGUAUCUGCUGCUAGCUAUUAACGGUCUAUCGGCACGGUCGCCAUUCUUUGUACGAGUGCCUAGACUGGGGGAAACCGCCGAGCCUCUCCAAUAUCAGGGCCUUUUUACUGGCAUAGAAAAGAAAGAAGGAAAACUACAGAAGGACUGCAUGGAUUCCACUCAGUCCGUUUUCGCACUGGUACAGAGCUCGUCGAGGCUCGUUGGCGAGUUCGUUGGAUACGGCCACUGCAUGACGACAUUCGACACAAACGAUGAACAAGGCUGGAUCGAGCAUAUCGUGCAUGACCACUUGGUCUAUAAAUUAUCCACACACUGCAUCUGUUGGUUCUGCGACCAUGGAGAGUACAGCACAGAAACAAACUCGACCGUGGCCGUUGGGCGUGCUAUGCCACACAGAUGCAUCAUAUUGCGAAGUAUUUCUGGACUCAAAACUUGACCGUACGGAAUAUUCGCCCAGACUACUACGUCCUCGACCAUCUGGAUAGCUGCGGGAUUAUCAGGGAGGAUCUGUUCUAUCACGCGGCAGAUUUCUAGGCGCCACCGCCAAUUCCAAAUCUUCAUUCGGCGGGCUGACGGCCCUCUCCAAGCGAGAUGCGGGAGGCUGAGACGCUCCAUGACAGACAUGACCAUAAGCUAAGGAGGGGUAUAGUACCGGUAUAUAAAGCGUCCUCAUUCAUAUUAAUACAAA